CUGACAGAGGGGGCGAGGUUGUCAGGGAAAGGGAAAUGAAGGAGUAAGCAAGAGUGUGUCUGCAACACAGAUUGAGUCAGUAAAAGAGAACAGACAUGGUUGGAGACAAAGUGGAGGAGAGAACAAGGAGCGAGUGAGAAAAACAACAAGCCAUCAGCAGCCUUGGCCACCUUAUCUUUUCCAUCUAUAUACGGAAACCACUGGAUAUUUUAUAAGCCUCUCCCUCUUGCUCUGUGUGAGUGUGUGUGAGAGAGAGGAGGGGAUUUGCUGAGCUCACCACCACCAUGCUGUGUCCUGCUGCUGUCAGUGCAGCUGCUGCGGCUGUCUGGCUGCUGGCAGUGCUGGGCCCAGGCCUGUCUCUUCCAGCUGAUGACAAAUCAGAGCCAGGCUUCAGCCUCUGCAGCCACUGCUUCUACAAGCAGACGCCUCCUCAGGGAGCCUCUGAAGGGCCGCUGCUGCGACCACUCUGCCACAGACUGCCCGGGGGACAGGCGUUUGCCACUCUGUCCAAAUCGACCUGUGACACAGCUGUCUACUACGCCUUCCAUCUUAGCAAUGGAUGGACAGAGAGGGAGGGAGAGGAGGGGAAAGAGCUUAAGACAGAGGAAGAAGGAGACAACAACAUUAAAGUAGCAGUACCAGCCCUUCUCAGAGGAGGUGGGGAUCCAUCUCAUCCUGUCUCACCCACAGAAUCCCCGCUUCAACACUGGGACUCAGCAGUCACAACACUGGUCCAGUCAAGCAUCACUCCCCAGUGCAGCACUUUAGGGGGUGAUCUCUACAUCCUGACUGGGGUGGGAGGUCUCGGGGCUGCUGAGGAAGGAGAAGAGAAGUGUCAGACGAAGCCGCUGUGGUCUGCAGUGUGCUGCACUGUCCCAGAAGGGAAGAGUGGCUUCAGUGUGGGGUUAAUCAGAGAGACGGGGGAAAGGGAGAGACAAGUGAGCGUGAAGGAGCUGGAGGACAUGCUCGGAGUGACAGAGCUGUUCUCAGAAGGCUGUGGAGGAGCAGAUGGGGAGACUGUUGGAAUCAGAGCAGGUCUUCACAGUGAGGGGCUCCCUGGAAAUGAGGACAUUAAGGAAAGCGCAGAGCCACUGAUCGCUGGGGAACAGGCGGCUGGUUUUAAUGCUCAGCCAGAGGAAGCUGAUGUUGCUGAUGUCACACAGGAAAUGACAGCAGAUGCAGCGACUUCAGAGAGCAGCGGUAAAGAGCAGCGUGAUGUGACGCAUUCAAGAGCUGUCAGAUCAGACUCUCCAGAGUCCUCAGCUGACUAUGAAACUGUGGAUGAACAAGAGACAGACACAAAUUCCAGCAGCACUCUGUUCUACGUCCUUUCCACCACCUUGUCCAUCCUUAGAGCUCUGCUGCGGCCUGUGUUCUCCACAAUCACCCAGUUACCUGGACAGGUGACAUACGUUCUUCAGGAAGACCUUGGAGUUCUGUCUGCCCUGCCUGGAGACACCUUCUCCCUGCUCCAUCUCUUGACCUCUGACCUCUUGUCCUGGAUGGGCUCAGCUGCAGAAAUGCUACUGGGUAUCGGGGAAACCUGCUUCUUCGGUGUCUACUACUGCAUCUCCUCCAUGCUGGGGGCCCUGCUGAACAGCUGCCACACUGGGGUCACUGGCAUGGGGACCCUGGCUGGAGACACAGUGGGGAUAUUAGGUGAUGCAUUGGAUAAUGGCUGGUGGGUGACCAAGUUCUUUGGAGGCCGGCUGUGGGAGCAGAGCGAGGGGUAUGUAGGAACAGUGAUGUCAGAGAUGGGGGGUCAGGCAAAAGCUGUAGGUGGCGGGUUGGAGAGGCUGGUGUGGAGAAGUGGAAAUGGGGUGGGUAAUGUGUUUAGGCUGGGAGGGGGUUUAAUAAUGGGGAUGGUGGAUAUGGUUAUUGGUGCGGUGAGAGGGGCUUUUGAGCAGGAGUCAGAGUGAAAAGUGAAGGAAAAGUCCAGACUCCACUUGAUGCCAUUAGUAACAAACUUUUCCAAAUGUUUCUCCAGUUUUGGUUUGUAAAUUUAUUUAGCACAUAAGAGUGUGAAAAAGGGGGAACUAUUUCAAUUUGAUGUCAUUUGAUGCCUUAGUUGUUUUGGAAACAUUGUAAUUCACUACAUCAAAUUUUGUGAAUUACAAAUGUUGUACUGUAGGUCUUACACUUCACUGUGGCUGGCUGUCCAAAAAAAUCUGCUGUAUUUGAGAGCUGGGAUAUAACUAUAACUGUGAUUCAAAAAACACUGUGCACAAGGCUUUCGGAUGUAAUUAUUCAAAACAAUUCUUGUAUGAUAAUUGUUAUGAUAAAUGUUUGCUUACAUGUACAUUUGAAUAAAAGAGAAUGCUAGCUUAUUGUA